AUGACCACAGCUAAAAAAAAAUCCACCACUAAUGUCUUUCUCAGACCAUCAGAAGAAGGAACCUUAUUGUCAAGAGGAUACAAAUUACUAAAUAAACUGGGCGAGGGCUCAUAUGCCUCUGUAUACUUAGCAGAACUUAUCGGAACCACCGACGAUAAUGAAAAACCUAAGACAUUAGCUUGUAAGAUAUUAGAUGUGAGUAAAGCUCCCAAAGAUUUUGUAAAGAAGUUUUUACCUAGGGAAUUAGACAUACUAGUUAGAAUUAACCAUCCGCACAUAAUUCACAUACACAGUAUCUUUCAAAGAAAAACUAAAUACUUCAUUUUCAUGAGAAAUGCGGAAAAUGGAGAUUUAUUGGAGUAUGUAUUAAAGAAAGGUCCGAUCUCCGAACCACAAGCCAGGGUAUGGUUCCGUCAGCUAGCUUUAGCGGUACAAUACUUACACAAUAUGGAUAUAGCGCACCGCGACUUGAAAUGUGAAAAUGCUUUAAUCACCAGCAACUUCAAUAUUAAAUUAGCAGAUUUUGGAUUUGCUAGGUUUGUAACCGAUGCCCGAGGGAGGAGAGUCACAAGUUCGACUUACUGUGGGUCUUUAUCAUACGCGGCACCAGAGGUGCUUCGUGGCAUGCCGUAUCACCCUAAAAUAGCAGACAUCUGGUCGCUAGGGGUAAUACUCUAUAUAAUGAUUAACAAAGCUAUGCCCUUUGAUGACACCAACGUUCGACAACUACAUGAACAGCAGAUGAAUAGGCGCUGGAAAUUCAGGUCUAAAGUUGUUGAUUAUUUGACUGACCAAGUGAAACUACUAACCGCUUUAUUGCUAGAACCAGAUGUUACUAAAAGAUGGAGAGUAGAACAAAUCGUCAAAUGUGAAUGGCUGGGUAUGGACCCUCGUUUGAAGGAACUGAAUGAAGCUGAAGAAUCCGCUUUAGUUCAAGCGCAGGUAGAAAGAAAGAACUAUUUAGAAAAUUUGACCAAAAAACAAAGUGAAAAGAAAUUGGCACCCGAAGAUGUUAAAGUACUUAAAGCCAAUGCUCCUGAUAUUAAUCUAAAAUUUGCCAGUAUUGCUACAGUUAUAAAUAAUGACUAG